AUGCAUUUUUACUCUAUCUUCGUGGCCACCGUUGCCUUGAUCAUUUCUACUGCCUCUGCCGGCGAGGAAAAUUGGCAAAAAGCCGAUGUUGACUGCCUUAACGUCUGCCACCCUAAGUCGAACAACUACACAUGUCCUCCUGAUACCGAAAAGACCCAGCUUUCUAACGGCUGCUGGACGUGCUGCGACAGUGCUUAA